AUGGCCAUGUCCAAGAUCCACACAAUUGCUUACGUACAGCCACCAACUACUACGCAAUCGGCAUCUGCACCGUGUCUUCGAAUCAACACCACUGUCCCGGGAUCUUCUAUUACGGUUGACAUUCCUUCUGACAUUACCGCGUUUGGACCCAUCAGAGCACGAUACUACUUUUCUCGGUGUGUGACACAGCCUGAGCAGUGUAAAGCUGAAGUCGAAGAUCUGGUUCAGAUGGCUCUUGAUGGGUAUAACUCGGCUGCAGUAUUCAUGAGCACAGGGCCUUUGGAUUCAUUCAAGAAUAGACAAACAAUCAUACAUCAAAUCUUAUCUCGCCUCGAUGAAAAACUCAAUGAAUCAAAAGAACAAGAUGGCAACCGAUCCUUCCAAUUGCAUUACGCCUAUUUAGGCCUUGAUGAGAAGGAUUACUACGAUCUACGAGUGAACCGCAAGUUGAAGAAACAAGAAAUCGACAAGAAUGGUUGGCAGGCGAUAAUGGAGCCGGUCGACAACGCUGAUGACAUAUGGAAGAUCCCCAAAUACGGAGCAAGGGUGCCCUUUGUAUUGAAGAUUCGGCUAUCAGGCAGUCAACAUCUCCUUGGAACGAUUACCGUUAUCGAUUUGUUAUUCCCCUUCUGUCAACCAUCCGAUCAGAGUGCUUCAUUCGCAGAAUUUGUGCAAUUUCUCAACAACUACGCAAAUGUGAACUAUGAAGGCAGCAUCAUCAACGACACGGAUCACUUGCUUACCAAAAUCACAGCCGAAUGCUUUUAUGGAUCAUGUAAAACAGUCGUCUUUGCUUUUGUUAAUGAAUAUCCGGACGACGUGUUGAGAGACACAAUCGACACCUUGGAGCUUAUGCAGACGGUGAGAGAAAUACGGACCGUUGCUAUGUGUAAUGCGAUGGAAAAUCGGAAGGCCGACAUGUAUGAACAGCAAUUGAGCAUCUUACAGCAUCAAUAUGAGUCGGAGCAUAAUGCAGCAAGCAACCUUGUUCAGCAACUUAAGGUUAAGGAUAUGGAUAUUCAUCGACUUGAAGCCGACAAGGAACAUGUACAGCAUGGAUUGGAAGAACGAUCGGAAAAGAUGGAAUUCUCUCUUCAAUUACAAAGGUUGAAAGCUGCUUAUGAUGAGUCAAAGCGUACCACCAAGGCUGCAUUUUUGCAAAAGAGAAUCAAUCAAUUGGCAUCCAUGCUGACUCAUGCACAGGAUACCAUCAAGAAGCAUCAUGAUCACUUUCAAGAUAUCAAGGAAGAACAGCUUCCGGUUAAGCUUGAAGAGCGCGAGAAGAUCCAGGAUGUGAAGGAUGAAAAAACAGCAGAUGGUGCAAGGAAGGAACGACAAACACAAGUAUUUGAAUCGCUAGCUGGCCAACUUGUUCAAAUGCAGAACGAGCUAGAUGAUAUAAAAACCAUUGUUUUCGAGAAGUCUUGA